AUGUUUCCUGUCCUGUUUUGUCUACGCCUCAGGCAAGAAGCUCAUCGGCACCCUGGAGUCGUGGCGACUAAAUUGGCCGUGCAACAAGCCGAUAGGUCGUCAGGACGCCUGUUGCGCGCUACCUUUGCGUUGGACCCACGGACUAUGAGCUCGUGCCAGUGUCGUCGGUCUCGCGCUCGGGCCCAAUCAGCGCAUCGAGUCGGUCCGUCCAGGCCCUGCUCUGCCCGGCCCGGCCAUACACGGGACCGGCAACAGGCGGUCAGGCCGGAGACAAGCAGAUACCGAAAACCUGCCUACCACACCGUCAACCGGUUUGUCUUCACGUAUCCACAAGUUCUGACGGUUCAACCGAAGCCUGGACUUCCGAUUAGUCCGGUCGUCAAGUCAACAAUACCACGUACCGGGCGGAACUCAGACUCAAGUUUGCUUGUCUCCAAUUCGCGUCUACUAACCUACACAAACAUGCCUGUCGGUCGAGUGGUGGUUGAGUCAGAACAACAUGAAAGCGUCCAUUCCGCACAAGUGGAUAGGACACAUGUGCCACUACAUGUCCAACCAUCUGUCCGUCCUAUCGCCUCCCCGGGACUCUCUGAUUGGCCCACCAAUCAACACCUAUCCGUGCAUCUCGUCCCUGAUUCCCUCGCUUUUUACCGAACGUCC